AUGCUGCUGACGAUCACAAGCAAGUAUGGCAGCGCUACAUCUCGCCUGCGCGCAUCCGCAACGAGACUUGCAGCAUUAGCAAGAUGCACAAGGACUACACCACUUUGCACAGCGUCGCACCGGACAAAGCUCGUAUCGACAACCUCUGUUGCGAUAUCGAGAGAUGUUGCUUCACGUGCUUCCAGUCGACCAGAUGUAGCCAUCGCAGCAAGAGCGCUAUCGUACCACCAAAUCCGCCAAUCUUCCACGAAUACUAGCGAUACCAUCCACACUCAAGGCUCUUUCCACUCCUCCUCGUCCGCUCACAAGACACUGCUCUCGGACAUCCCAUCCAUCAGCCCGCGGUCACUGGUCAAAUACCUCGACUCGUACGUGGUAGGUCAGACGAGGGCGAAGAAGGUGCUCGCCGUAGGCGUGUGGAAUCACUACCUUCGCGUCGCGAGCAAUCAGCGGAUGAAGCACGAAGCUGAAGCGAGACUUGAGGCGCAGCAGCAGCAGCAGCAGCAACAGCAACAGCAACAGCAGCUCUCGGAAGAGGAAACUGAAACCCAACUCCAACGUAACUGUACAAUACCGGAUCAUGGUGUUUCAGAGGCUGCCUCACGAUCGCUGAGGUUAGGAAAGUACAAGGCACGCUCCGAGGAAGCAGCGGGUCCGAUAUCGAACCCAACCGCAAUGCAAGAAAAAGACGAAGCGAUGGCAUCGCUCCAAGAUAGUUGGCGUUCACAGCAUCAGAUCGAACAAGAACGAAACGCGGAGCGAGCGCGCGAUCCGCACGGCGAAGCAACGCGGAGUCUCAUGUUUGGUCGCAGCGAGCGCGAGUGGCUCGUCAACGCGGGCGGUCCAUCGGCGAUUAUAGAAGACGACUCCAAGGUAGCCAUACAGAACGGCAGUGGAUAUGCAGGUCGUAUCGCGCCCAAGUUCGGUGAUGAUCUCAAGCCACCCGAGAAGCCCGAGAAGCCCGAGAAGCCGAUGAAAAGGGUUUCGGCCCAGACCCCAGCUGAAGAAGCGAGUUGGAAGUUGGAACAGCGCAAAUGGUCAUCGACAACGGCAGCACAAGAAAAUGCACUGGCCGAAGCGGCGUCGAGGAUGCACAAUGCUGUGCUGUCUGAUUAUACUCGGGACUUUCAUCAAAAAGAUCAUGUGGUCGAGGGGACAUCAAGGAUCGGCGUGUUCGGGGCCGACGAGCCUCUAUACUUCUCGUCAAACACGAUGCGCGGCUCCCAGCAUGCCGGUGUGCGUGGACCUGGUUCGCAAAGUCAAAUGUCGAGAACUGAUGAAACAGAGAACAAGUGGGAGUCAUCACAGGAGAGAGCAGCGUAUGCCGCUGGGAUAGCGCAAGAACGUACCAAACGGGCAUUGCGGCUUGCCAGAGAGCGACUUUCGACGAGCAGGAACAGCGACCAUCCCAGCGAACGCGCCUCGACGGUGGAUGUGUGCCAUGUUUCGGAUUGCACACCUCGGACCCAUGACGCAGGCAAGGAGACUGCCUCGACUUCAAAUCCCGGAAUCGCGUUCCUCUCAACACAACCAGGUUCGCUUCCGUUUUUCGAAAAGUCCAACAUCCUCCUCCUCGGACCGUCGGGCUCAGGCAAGACGCUGUUGCUCCGAACGCUGGCACAGGCGCUCGAUGUGCCGUUUGUGCAUGUCGACGCUACGCCGCUCACCAUGGCGGGGUAUGUGGGAGAAGAUGUGGAGUCGAUCAUCCAGCGAUUGUUGGUGGAAGCAGGCUGGGAUGUAGAUCGCGCACAGCGCGGAAUCGUGUGCAUCGACGAGAUCGACAAGCUGCGCAAAACCGGGCUGGGAGGUGGAGGCGGGGGAGCGGGAGGGGCGGGAGGAGGAGGAGGAAAGGACGUGGGUGGAGAAGGCGUACAACAGGCGUUGUUAAGGAUACUGGAAGGAACGACGAUUCAGAUUGCGAACAAAGCGGGUGCGAAUGCGGGUGCAAGUGCGGCUGGGACGGCGACAGCGGCGAGCAAGGUACCAAAGAGCUACCCACGGCAAGCAGCGACAGGAGAUGUAAACGGUGUCGAGACAGCCGGAGGUCUCGGACCGUGGUACAAUCAUCGUCGAGCGCAAGCGGACUCAGCGGAUGCCAAAUGGAAUUCCAACAGCCUGUCGUCGUCACAAACCCAAGCUGCGAGCUUGAGCGUCGAUACAAGUUCAAUCCUCUUCGUUCUCUCAGGAGCAUUUGUGGGGAUUGAUCAUGUUAUCCGAAAUCGUCUCGAUCGGCUAUCUGGCGAUCCGACUACUCUGAACGUCUCGAGUGAGGAUCAGAAUGAGAAGCCGCAUGCUGCGACGUUAUCGCAGUGCGACCUACUCUCACGACUCGAGCCGAGCGAUUUGGAGCAGUACGGAAUGAUCCCGGAAUUCAUCGGUCGCGUACCCGUGUCGGUGGUGCUCAACCCGCUUUCGCACCAAGACCUGAUCCGGGUCAUGACUGAACCGCGCAACAGCCUGGUUGAUCAAUAUACGUCGUUGUUCAAACUCAACGGUAUCGAACUGCACAUCUCGCGCGGUGCGAUCGAAGAAGUGGUCCAUCGUGCAAUGGGCACUUGCUCGGCUGCCAACAGCAAGGCGCUGGUCAGAAAUUCAGCCGAUCGCGGUGGCGGUGGCGGUGGUGCAAGAAGUUUAAGACGUAUCAUGGAGGAUGUCCUGCUAGAUGCGUUUUACGAGAGCUACGGCAGUUCCAGCGUCAAGUACAUUUUGGUCGACAGGCAGAGUGUUCGCGACACCAGCGAGGUCAAGCUGUUCAGUAGAGGCCAAAAGCUCGAUUUCGAAGCUAGAGUCAAAACCGAGGCGCAAGACUGGUGCACGCGUCAGCAGCAACAGAAACAGACUCGUCACCAAGGUGCAAAUCCCGCCAAAGCGAUCAGGAAAGACGGCGGGGCUUUGGGCGACAUGGAUGCAGCCAGGACAGCUAUGGCGAGACACAAAGCGAGAGCAUUGAUCAGAAGCAGGUUGAGGAGGACAAAUAGGUUGGUGGAUCCGGUCAUCUACGUCUGA